AUGACAGACAUCUACCCAACAAUCGCACAAUGCGCAAUUGUCGCGACCGCCUUCAAGAUCCUGCUCUUCCCAGCUUAUAAAUCAACAGACUUCGAGGUUCAUCGCAACUGGCUCGCCAUCACCCAUAGUCUGCCAUUGUGGGAGUGGUACUACGAGAAGACAUCAGAAUGGACUCUCGACUACCCGCCCUUCUUUGCCUACUUCGAAUGGGCCAUGUCCCAAGUCGCCAAGCUCGUCGAUCCCUCCAUGCUCAAGAUCUACAACUUGGAAUACGAUAGUUGGCAGACGGUUUACUUCCAAAGGUUCACCGUCAUUGCCACCGAGCUGAUUCUCAUAUAUGCCCUGCAAAUCCUCAUCGAUGCCAACAGCGGAACAACAAAGAAGGCUGCACAGGCUGCAGCUAUUUCCGUUUUUCUUUCCCCCGGUCUUCUCAUCAUCGAUCAUAUACACUUCCAGUACAACGGAUGUAUGUACGGCAUCUUGAUCGCGUCUCUCGUCCUGGCAAAAGAAAGAUCGGGCCUCCUCCCAAGUGGGCUGAUAUUUGCCGCGUUGCUUUGCAUGAAACACAUUUAUGCUUACCUUGCACCCGCAUACUUUGUAUAUCUGCUGCGCGUCUAUUGUCUCUCACCCAAAUCUGUCUUCCGCAUACAAUUUCUCAACUGUGUCAAGCUCGGCGCCGGCAUAAUCGGGAUACUUGGAGUCGCGUUCGGACCGUUCGCCAUCAAGGGCCAGAUUCCUCAAAUUCUCAGCCGGCUGUUUCCUUUCUCUCGCGGGCUUUGCCAUGCUUACUGGGCUCCCAACAUGUGGGCGAUAUAUUCAUUUGUGGACCGCCUCCUGAUCCUUGUUGCUCCACGACUCGGAUUGCCGGUGAAGACCGAAGCAUUGAACAGCGUCACUCGAGGGCUUGUAGGAGAUACUUCUUUCGCAGUCCUUCUUGAGAUCACCCCUAGACUUUGCUUCCUCUUGACACUUCUCUUCCAGGCCAUUCCCCUGGUCAAACUCUUCCUCAAGCCAACUUGGGACGGGUUUGUUGGAGCUGUCACGCUCUGCGGUUAUGCAUCGUUCCUCUUCGGGUGGCAUGUUCACGAAAAAGCUAUUCUGCUGGUCAUUAUCCCUUUCAGUCUCAUUGCGCUCAAGGAUCGCAGGUAUCUCAGUGCCUUCCGUCCCUUGGCAGUGUCCGGUCAUGUUUCCUUAUUUCCAUUACUUUUCACACCUGCCGAGUUUCCUAUCAAAACAGUAUACACCAUAUUUUGGUUGAUACUGUUCCUGAUGGUCUUUGACCGACUAGCUCCAGCAUCAAAUAGGCAGCGAUUCUUCUUGUUCGACCGCUUCACGGUACUGUACAUCGCAGUCAGCAUACCUCUGAUUGCAUAUACAUCGCUCAUACACCAGAUGGUGUUUGGCAAGAGUUAUGAAUUUCUUCCGCUGAUGUUUACGAGCUCUUACUCGGCGAUUGGGGUAGUUGGAAGUUGGCUCGGUUUCAUGGUUGUGUAUUUCACCUCGUAG